AUGGAGGCGCAGUCCCAUAGCUCUACCACGACGGAGAAGAAAAAAGUGGAGAAUUCCAUCGUGAAAUGCUCCAGUCGAACAGAUGUCAGUGAGAAAGCUGUUGCCUCCAGCACAACUUCCAAUGAGGAUGAAAGUCCUGGGCAGACCUAUCACAGAGAGAGAAGGAACGCCAUCACAAUGCAGCCGCAGGGUGGGCAAGGCCUCGGCAAGAUCAGUGAAGAGCCUUCCACGUCGAGCGAGGAAAGGGCCUCAUUAAUCAAGAAGGAGAUCCAUGGAUCUAUAUCGCACCUUCCCGAACCUUCUGUACCUUACCGCGGGACGCUCUUUACCAUGGACCCCCGAAACGGUUACAUGGACCCUCAUUACCAUCCGCCUCACCUCUUUCCAGCAUUCCACCCUCCUGUACCAAUUGAUGCGAGACAUCAUGAGGGACGCUACCAUUAUGAGCCAUCUCCCAUUCCUCCUCUGCAUGUGCCUUCUGCCUUAUCUAGUAGCCCGACAUACUCAGAGCUUCCGUUCCUUAGAAUUUCCCCGCACCGAAAUCCUGCUGCAACAUCAGAGUCUCCCUUCAGCACCCCUCACCCAUACAUUAACCCCUACAUGGACUACAUCAGGUCCCUGCACAGCAGUCCAUCCCUCUCCAUGAUCUCGGCAGCCCGCGGGCUCAGCCCAACAGACGCUCCACAUGCUGGCGUCAGUCCAGCUGAAUAUUAUCAUCAGAUGGCUCUGUUGGCAGGCCAGCGCAGCCCGUACGCAGACAUCAUUCCUUCAGCUGCCACUGCUGGAGCCGGUGCUCUUCAUAUGGAAUAUCUUCACGCCAUGGAUAGCGCCAGGUUUCCGAGUCCGAGAUUGUCAACUAGACCAAGCCGAAAGCGUACCUUGUCCAUAUCCCCCCUAUCUGAUCACAGCUUUGACCUUCAGACCAUGAUACGGACAUCUCCAAAUUCUUUGGUCACAAUUCUCAAUAAUUCUCGUAGCAGUUCCUCAGCCAGUGGUUCUUACGGCCACUUAUCUGCAAGUGCAAUAAGCCCUGCUCUGAGUUUCACAUACCCUCCUACACCGGUAUCCCUCCAGCAAAUGCAUCAGCAAAUUAUAAGUCGUCAGCAAACCCUAGGUUCAGCCUUUGGACACAGCCCUCCACUCAUCCAUCCUGCUCCAACUUUUCCUACCCAGAGACCUAUCCCUGGCAUCCCCAGUGUCCUGAACCCUGUCCAGGUCAGCUCUGGACCUUCUGAGUCCACACAGAAUAAACCCACAAGCGAAUCUGCAGUGAGCAGCACUGGAGAUCCCAUGCACAACAAGCGCUCCAAGAUAAAGCCCGAUGAGGACCUCCCCAGCCCGGGAGCAGGAAGCGUGCAGGAACAGCCAGAAGGAAUGACCCUGGUAAAAGAGGAAGGGGACAAAGAUGAAAGCAAACAGGAGCCUGAAGUGGUCUACGAGACAAACUGCCACUGGGAAGGCUGUUCCCGGGAGUUUGACACGCAGGAACAGCUAGUGCAUCAUAUAAACAAUGACCAUAUACACGGUGAGAAGAAAGAAUUUGUGUGCCGAUGGCUGGACUGUUCCCGGGAGCAGAAACCAUUCAAAGCCCAGUAUAUGCUGGUGGUCCACAUGAGGAGACAUACAGGGGAAAAGCCACACAAAUGCACUUUUGAAGGUUGUACAAAGGCCUACUCCAGGCUAGAAAACUUGAAAACGCACUUGAGAUCUCACACUGGAGAGAAACCAUAUGUGUGUGAACACGAAGGCUGCAACAAAGCUUUCUCCAACGCAUCUGACAGGGCCAAGCACCAAAACAGGACUCAUUCCAAUGAGAAACCGUAUGUUUGCAAGAUACCGGGCUGCACAAAGCGCUACACAGACCCCAGUUCUCUCCGGAAACACGUGAAGACCGUGCAUGGCCCAGAGGCACAUGUCACCAAGAAGCAGCGGGGAGAUAUCCACCCGAGGCCUCCGCCACCGAGAGACCCAGGCAGCCACUCUCAGACCCGGUCACCAGGCCAUCAGACUCAGGGUGCAAUUGGUGAGCAGAAGGACCUCAGCAACACUACCUCAAAGCGUGAAGAAUGCCUCCAAGUGAAAGCGGUCAAGUCAGAAAAACCAAUGACAUCUCAGCCAAGCCCUGGUGGUCAGUCUACAUGCAGCAGCGAACAGUCCCCCAUCAGCAACUAUUCCAACAAUGGGAUCGAGCUUACUCUGACCGGUGGCGGUAGUGUAGGAGACCUCAGUGUCAUCGAUGAAACCCCAAUCAUGGACUCUACCAUUUCCACAGCCACCACAGCACUUGGCUUACAGGCCAGGAGGAAUAUGACAGGGACCAAAUGGAUGGAGCAAGUGAAAUUAGAAAGGUUGAAACAAGUUAAUGGAAUGCUUCCAAGACUGAACCCCGUUCCACCUUCCAAAGCCCCGACCUUGCCGCCUCUCAUAGGAAAUGGUACCCAGUCGAACAGCAGCUGCAGUGUAGGAGGAUCCAUGACUAUUCUGCCGAACAGGAACGAACUUUCAAGUACGGACAUCACUGUAUUGAACAUGCUGAACAGGAGGGACAGCAAUACUAGCACAAUCAGUUCAGCCUACUUGAGCAGCCGCAGGUCCUCUGGAAUCUCACCUUGCUUCUCCAGCCGGAGGUCCAGCGACGCCUCCCAGGCAGAGGGAAGACCGCAGAACGUGAGUGUUGCAGACUCCUAUGACCCCAUCUCGACGGAUGCUUCCCGGCGCUCCAGUGAAGCGAGCCAGUGUGAUGACUUGCCAAGUCUUCUCAGCCUCACCCCGGCCCAGCAAUACAGGCUGAAAGCUAAAUAUGCAGCAGCUACUGGUGGACCCCCACCAACUCCACUGCCUAACAUGGAGAGGAUGAGCCUCAAAACAAGGAUGGCACUCUUGGGUGACUGCAGGGAGUCCGGAGUAUCUCCACUGCCUCCGUUGAAUGCCCCUCGAAGAUGUAGUGACGGUGGGGCAAAUAGUUACAACAGGAGGCAUUUUCUGUCUCACGAUGCUCUAGGAAACGGAACGAGGAGAGCCAGCGAUCCGGUAAGAAUGGCCUCCGACAACCUCUCUGUCCCUAGAGUCCAGCGUUUCAACAGUCUUAAUAGCUUUAACCCUCCUGCUUUGCCUCCAUCCAUGGAAAAGCGCAACCUUGUUCUUCAGAACUAUACCCGUUCUGAGGGUGGCGUCUUCCGCGGCUUCAGCUCCCCCUGUCCUCCGAGCAUCAGCGAGAACGUCGCCCUGGAGGCUGCUACGAUGGAAGUGGGUGGCAGUCUGAACGACGAGGAUCUCCUGCCAGACGACGUGGUUCAGUAUCUGAAUUCCCAGAACCAGGGCAUGUACGACCACUUGUUGAACAAUGUCCUAGACAGCAACAAAAUGCAUCACAGCUCAGUGUUAGGAAACAACACCCCCAGCAACUUUGACCAAGCCCCUCCACCGAGCAGUCAGCAGGCAGGCUCCGAGGCAAACAAGAGCGACUUGCCCAUUCAGUGGAAUGAAGUAAGCUCAGGAAGUUCUGACUUAUCUCCUUCGAAACUGAAAUGCGGUCAGCGCUCGGCGGUGCAGCAGACUCGGGCCUUCGGACUGUAUAACAACAUGAUGGUUCAGCAGCAGAACCUGGAGAGAAGCAACGUGGCCCAGCAGAACGGCUAUCAGAACCUGGUGGAAAACAGCGGUUCCUACGGUUUACAGCAAAACACAGUUCUUGGCAGCGGAGCCGGUAAUUCUUUCAGCGUGCAGCCCAAUAAGCCUUACAGUGAAAGCAUCGGCAGGCAAGCAAUGGUGUCCGGGGGAAUGGACAACUCCUGUGGCGUGACAGUUCAAGGGCAGAAGCUGAGAAGCAGCAACGUGCCAGUGAGUGGGAACCAGCAAAAUUUCGGCCAUCCCAUGGCAUCCAGCGAUCAAGCCGCCGGUAUGGCAAAUGGGAUGCAGAACAGGAAUAUGAUGGAACCGGAAUAUUUGCAAAACCAACCAGUCGGCGAUGGCAUUCAUUACCAGGGAGUCAAUCAAUCUGGUCAAAUGAUGCUAGGGCAGGUUAGUCCUACCUCACAAAGCAGCCUGUAUCAAGGGCCGCAGAGUUGUCCACCGGUGUCUCACGCCAUUGGUAGCCAGCCUUCAGGUUUGUUGGUGGCCAAAAGUUACCAGCCGUGCUCUAAUUACAGCGGCAACAGACGGCAAAACGUGUUGAGAAGCAACCUGGCACAACAGCAAGGACACGUAAGUGACGGCAACCAGACGUACAGGGUAAACACGAUUAAGAUGGAGAUGCAAGGUCAAUCACAGCAGUUCUGCUCUAACGUGCAGAAUUACUCUGGUCAGUUAUAUGACCAAACCACGGGCUUUAGCCACCAAGCUAUGAAAACAGGUUCUUUCUUUGGUUCGGAAGCUAACUGCCUGCUGCAGGGUACUGCGACUGCAAACUCAUCCGAGCUUCUUUCCCCGGGGGCUAACCAAGUGUCGAGCACAGUUGACAGCAUUGACAGCAACAGCCUAGAGGGUGUGCAGAUUGAUUUCGAUGCUAUCAUAGAUGAUGGGGACCAUGUCAGCUUAAUUUCGGGAGCCCUGAGCCCGAGUAUCAUUCAGAAUCUCUCCCGCAAUUCCUCACGCCUCACCACUCCCCGAGCGUCUCUUACAUUCCCAGCUAUGCCCGUAAGCACAACCAACAUGGCUAUUGGGGACAUGAGCUCUUUGUUGACCUCACUUGCAGAAGAAAGCAAGUUCCUUGCUGUUAUGCAAUAGACAUGAAAAAAAAACAAAACAAACCCUUAGGAGAUAACAGAUGAAAAAAAAGACUCGUAUUUUUUAGUUGUGUAUGUAUUUUAGCAAUCUCAUCUCACCUAAAUGGGAUGUGUUUCAAGUAUAUUCCUUUUAUGGAAUAAGGACUCUGA